UCCAAACAAAGCACCAAUUGACAACUUUCGGCUUCAUUGACAGAAGUGAUUAGAUGCAAUAGAUGAUCAGACAUGAGGCUACUGUUUCAAAUCAGUGUGCUACUAUUGACACUACAGAGUGGGACAUCAACAGAUAGUUGUCUCCCUCAAGAUCACCGAAAAAUAAGAUUGACUGGUCCAAGAAGCACCAAAAAUGAGGGAGCUGUGCAACUGUGUGUUUUAAUCGGGAACAAAUAUCUCUGGCAUUACAUACAGACACAGGACGGAUGGACAAAUGAUUUCACAGCAGCAAACUUAGCAUGUAGAGAACUGGGCCUGAGUUACACAGGCGUCAGAGCAAACACAGCACAGCUAAUGAGAAAUGCUGACACAGUGACAAAAAUAAUUAAUUGUAACGAUGGAGAUGAGUAUUUAAGAGACUGUUUACCUAGUAUGUUAUCGGUACACGGCAGGAGUCAAGUUGCUGGACUGAUUUGCAACUGUAUAGAAAGAGCCCUGAGACUGGUGGAUGGCUCAAGCUACAAUGAGGGACGAGUGGAGGUGUGCUCCAAUGGUCGCUGGGGUACAGUGUGUGGUGAUGGAUGGACAGAGAGAGAAGCUGCUCUAGUGUGCAGUAGACUCGGGUAUCCACAAGAGCAUGCCACUCUCAGCAACUUUGGAGAGGGUAGUGGACCAUUGUACAAUAUUACCUGUCCAAGUACGGGAAGUGAUGACCAAGAAUGUAUACCCAUGAUAACAUCUGCUCCAUCUUCUUGUGCCCACUCAAUGGAUGUUGGAGUGAGGUGUCUUCCAUUCACUGAUGCUUAUGCAGAUCUAGUAAACGAAGUAAUUACCACUUUAGAAACUCCAACAGCUUGCAGUUGUCAACAAUGUACACCACCAACACCACCAACGAUUGCAGAAUGUACCCCAGCAAGUACUGAGGGAGACGGCAAUGUCAAUGAGAUGACUACAAGCAACACGCAACCAACAAUAAGUAUUGAAUCCUCACAAUCAACAAUGGCUGUUCCAGUCAACAAAGUACCAUCGACAACCACCGAAACCCCACAACCAAGUGAUGGAGCUACCACAGAGAGCAGUAUCACCCAGAGCACAAUCAUGAGUACUAGUGGGACAUUAGGAGCACUCAUUGGUCUAUUAGCAGCUGCUCUAGUGGUGGUUGUCACUGGAUGGAUUGUGUCGUGUGUUUACUUACAGAGGAAAAUAAACAAGAAAUGCAAAUACCACACCCACACAACGCCUGCCUCUACAAGUGACCACACCCUCCAACUCAACAACCCAGUGUAUGAUGGUAGUACCACUGUCCCACACACCACGUACAGUUCUCAUGGACCCUCCUAUGAGGUCAUUGACACUAAUGAUGGGGCGGGGCACAGCUAUAGGGGUGCUGCAACUAGACCACACCCACCUACCACACACCCUGUGUCCAAUGAGGAGUACAGUAAGCUAGACACCAACAGAGAGAAUGAGUAUCACACACUAGAGAGCAAUACUGGAGAUGGUCAAUAUUCAAUGGUUGGACACACUGACCCCCAAGAUUACGAGGUGCCAGUCCCCCCUCAAGAGGAAGAGUACUCUACACUGAAGCAUCGAUAGCCUACGUAUGACUUAGCAAGAUACACUCAAUCAUAAUAUUAAACGUAUAUACAUGAACACUUUAUUAGCUAGUCAAGUUUUGUACUAAAU